GAUGUAGUUGGUGCGUCAGCAGAGUGCAGCAGACAAGCAGCAGACACGCCGCAGUCAGUCCCAGUCAGCCAGUCUCUGCCUCUCCAUCAGCUCGGCACGCUCCGUGGGAAGGACACUCACGUCACGCGGGACUGCAGGGACCAUGACUUUCUUCUCAGCUGUGGCUGUGUUGACCCUGGUGGUUAUCACUGAAGGAAGUGUUGGCCCCAGCACUAAUGGCAGCUUUUGCACCGAGUCAAAGGAAUGUCUCCAGUUCGAUAUGGUCUGCAGAACAGAUGAAUAUGAGGUGCGCCACUACAGCCCCACGCGCUGGGUGUCCACAGACGCCGAGGCCUACUUCAUGGGCGUGGGUGCCGCCAUGGCCUUUAGGAGACUUUUUCAGUACAUCACUGGAGCAAAUGAAGCAGGCAUCCAGAUGGAGAUGACCGCACCUGUCCUGGUCAAAAUCCCGGAGGAGACCAAGAUGUGGGAGCCGGCCGUCUACACGCUCAACUUUCCGCUGCCUGCAGCCUAUCAGGACAAGCCGCCAGCACCCACCAAUGACAAGUUGUACUUCACUGAGAUGCCCGAGAUGCACGUCUACGUGCGCAGUUAUGGAGGUUGGAUGCUGUCGGUCACCUCCAGGCUCCACGCUCACCUGCUGACUAAAGAACUGGAGAGAGUCAGAGCGACCUACAACCACAGCUACCACUAUGGAGUGGGAUAUGACAGCCCCUUGAAGUUAUUGAACAGACACAAUGAGGUGUGGUAUGUGGCCGAGGGGGCACCAGUCUGCACCGACCCCCAGGAGCCAACCCCCGCCCACACCCCGAGGGCGACCCCCAACUCGCUGGCUGACCUCCCAUCAGACCCCCUCCCGAACAUGCUCUCUGAUUCUCCAGCCCUCACCAACCUGUCAUCAUCCAACUCCUCGGACACACCCACUGACGUGCCGACAGACACACCGACUCUCGUCCCAUCCGAUUCCCCUCCCAGUCCGUCUUCUUCUGCCCAACCCACAUCCGGCCAGCCCCCCACCUCCGCUCAGGUUUCUGUGGACCAGGACCUGGCUAAAAACGCCACUGGGCUUGACUCUGUGGCGCCCUCGCUGGAACUCCAGGGGGUCACUGCGCUUUGGAACGGCACGGAGCAUGUCUUGGUGGACACACAAGCAGGAAGUAGCGUCAACCAACAACAAGAUAGUGUCUAAGUAGAGAAGGAUGCCACUAUUGCUCCACCAUGUUUAGCUCUGUGUUCUUUAUAGCAGCAAACACACUGCAUCGGUCUAUCAUGUUUGCAUCAUAGAAACACGUCAAUGUUGCUAUUAGCUGCUAAAUUUAAUCUAAUUCUAAAGACAGGAAACAGUUGUAUAUUAUAAAAUCAAGCUUCUGGUCCCUUUUUAGCUACUUUUAUUCUUUGCACUACAUAAUCAUGUGAUCUGUCGUCUGAGGACAGCCGCUUGAAUAGUUUCCCAAAUUGGGGUGUGUCUUUCUCCUCAUGAUUUGCCAAUAGUGUUGAAAUUUAUCAACAACAUCCUGCAGUAAAUGUUAUUAGGCUCUUGCCAUAGUCAUCUAAUAUCAAAUAUUUGUGUCACUAAAAGCUACGUUGUGUGCUCUGAGGAAGGUACAAUAAAAAGUAACAAAUACC